AUGCAGAAAAUCACCCUCAAAGCACUCCUCGUGACUCUCUUCUGCCUUCUCGGCACCGGUGAUGCCCUGAAGAUCCUCUUCAUGGCUCCUUUUCCGGUGCCCAGUCACUGGUUCUGGCUUAAAUCUGUCGUGGAUGGACUUUUGGACAGAGGUCAUGAGGUCACAGCCAUAACGAAUUUUCGUGCCAAAGAGCCGCACUCGAACUACACGGAAAUCAUUCUGGACCCACCUUUCGAUCUGCUAAAGUAUUCACCUGAGCAUUAUAUUUACGAACUGAAAUACCGGAAUGACUUCAGCAACUUGUUUCUCGUGUGGAACGUCGGAUUACUUUCCACCAAAUACGCACUUGAGCAUCCCAAAGUGGCACGUCUGAUAAGGAGUGAUACGGAGGAGUUUGACCUGGUGAUAUCUGAACAAUUCGGCCAGGAGGCAUUCCUCAUGUUCGCACGCAAAUACAACGCGCCCAUUGUCACGAUCAGCACGUACGAUUUCACGGACUUCCUGGAUCUCAACGCGGGCUUCAGAGCGCCCGCUUCGUUCAUUCCUCACAUCCUGCUGCCCUACACCGAUGAGAUGACUCUCAGCCAGCGCGCCUACAAUCUCUUCAUAAGCCUGUGUGAUCGCAUUGUUCGACGAAUUUUCUACAUACCCGCCCAAAAUGCUCUGCUAGAGAAGCACUUCAAGCCUCUCGAGCGAAGUUUGGGUCCCCUGCCCACCGUCCAGGAACUGGAACAGUCCAUAUCUGUGAUUCUCUUCAACAGUCACGCGGCCACUUCGCCGGCGAGGCCAGAAAUGCCGGGUCACGUGAAGAUCGGCGGCAUUCACAUCAGAGAUCCAAAGCCUCUUCCUGCCGAACUGCAGAAAUUCCUCGAUGGCGCUGAUCACGGCGCAGUUCUCUUCAGUCUCGGCUCCCACAUUCAGAGCUCACACUUUGCCAAGGAGAAAAUUCAGGCUUUCAUCAAAGUCUUCGCCAAAAUGAAACAGAGAAUCAUCUGGAAAUACGAGGGAGAUGAUCUCAAGGGCUUGACGCCAAAUGUGCUGAUCCAGAAGUGGAUUCCGCAGGUGGAUGUUUUGGCGCACCAUAAUAUUGUCCUGUUCAUUAAUCACGGAGGGAUAUUCGGCACUCAAGAGAGUGUCCACUACGGUGUUCCCAUGCUCACUAUUCCCUUCUACGCUGAUCAAUUCCGCAAUGCCUAUCGCGCCCAGGCUCGCGGACAUGCGCUCGUGAUCGAAUACGAUGCCAUCACUGAGGAGAACCUCUCGCAGAAGCUCCACAGUUUGCUGACUGAGAAUCACUUCCAGCAGACAGCCGACAAAGUGUCCCAGCUCUUCAAGGACAAUCUCGAGAGUCCACUGAACACCGCCAUGUACUGGAUUGAGUACGUGGGCAGGAACAGAGGAGCGGAUCACCUGAAGUCCGCCGCGAGGAAUCUCAACUGGUUCCAGUAUUUCAUGUUGGACAUCAUCGGACUGCUGAUCGUGGUGUAUUUUGUGAUUGCGACUGCAAUGUACUUCUUAGUGGAGAGAAUCUGUGGGAAGAAGAAGAAAACCAACGAGAAGGAUAAAAAGGUGUCCAAGCAGAAGAAGUCAAAUUAGACUGAUGUUUAGUUCGCAAAAUAAUACAUUGUAAAUUCAAUAUAUCAUUGCAAUAGCUACAAAUCUAUCC